CUCAUUGUUUGCCACUUCCAGUUUCCAGUAAUGGGAAUGAUUACUUGACCAGUAUCAAGCCACCCGGUAGCACAGGCUCCUGAAACAACAUACCCACUUUGUGUCUUCUACAGCAAAGCCACGCUGCCAAUAUUUUCAUUUCUGAGAAAGGAACUGAAAGUCCUGCAUGGUUGAAGGUCCAUCAUCAGGAGGAGCUAUCAGUGCUAAUGAACUUUUUGUCAUUGUGGACUUUUACUCUUUGAUUCCAAUGACGAGAUGUAUUGUGUUUUGCUGUUGAUCGUUUUACAGUGUUGCAGGCUGAAAGGUCAAGAUGGUGUGUUUACCAUCAAUAAAGUUACACUCCGGGCUGAUCCUCCUGAUGAAGUGCCGAAUGGGAAACCGCUUACUCUCAAUUGUUCUGCAGACAUCAUUAAGAGCGAACACUUCAGGCUGAAUUACAUCUUUUCAUUUUCCAAGAAUGGCAAAGUUCUGUACAACGGCACCUCAGAACAAUCCUGGGCACAGUAUACACUCUCCAAGGCUCGGUUUUCUGAUUCAGGAGACUAUUACUGUACAGUGAGAGCAGAGGGGAAGACAAAGUUCAGUGAACCAGUGACUGUGAAUGUGAAAGGAAUAACAAAACCAAAACUGAUUGUCCUGCAAGAAGAAGUGAUGGAAGGAGAGAAAGUGUCUUUACGCUGUGAAAUACCAGAAGAAAAGCCUCCGUUUUAUUUCACAUUUUAUAAAACCCGUCAGGCUCCAGACCCAUUGAGAAAGAGCAGGACCCGGGGACCGGUGAAUGAAAACUUUGCUGAGUUUGAAUUUCCCAUUGAUGUGGGAGACAAGAUUUUGCGAUUUGAAUGUACUGUCAGAAUGAGUUCAAUGACAGGCAAUGAAGUGUCAGAGCCAAGUAACAGAACAAUAGUUACUGUAAUCGAACCAUUUUCCAAUCCCAAAAUAACUAUCCACCCACUACAAAACAUUACAGAGGGAGAUAAAAUUGACAUUGAAUGUACAACUAUCUUGGGCCGUCCAGAACAAACAGAGAUCCUAAUCCAGAAGAACAGAACCAUCCUUAACAGCAUGAAGGGCAGAGAGAGUGUGACAUACUCCAAAAUAGCCACCAUGGAAGACAAUGGAAGUUACACGUGCAAAGUGGAACUGGGGAGUGUGUCCAAGACCAGCGUAGCAAAUGUGGUGGUGACUGAACUGUUUUCCAAACCAAAAUUGAUUCUUCCCAAACCAAACUUGGAUGAACAUGGCCUCUUAAUAGUUCAAUGUCAUGCUGAUGGCCACCCAUCAAUAAACUUCACUCUCCUGAAGAACAACAUAGUAUUGGGAUACUCCAGAAUCUAUAGUCGUAUAGCCCAGGUAUCUGACAGUGGUGUCUACAUCUGUAGGGCUGAGGUGAAGGGGAUUGUCAAGGAGAGUGACCCAGUAUUGUUACGUGUUUAUGCUCCAGUUUCCCAGCCAGUCCUUUUCCAACCAGCUUACCAAGUAGCAGUGCUAAGGAAGAAUUUUGCUUUAUACUGCAAUUCCUCACAAGGAACUCUGCCUAUAACGUAUACUCUCUACAGAGGAAACGUGUUUCUUCAGAACAAGACUAUAGUAGCCAAAAGUGAAGCAGCCAUGUUUGAAGUCCAAGCAAUGGAUAUGCAUCUAGGGGAAUACACGUGCCAUGCUCAAAAUGGUCAUUCUCAUACUGAGAAAAGCACUGGGUUAAACAUUACAGUGAUAGCUCCAGUUGAUCGCGUGAUCAUUAAACAACUCCCAGAAGGGGAUGUGGAAGAUGGCCAAGAUCUUACACUUUUUUGCAGUGUUCACUUUGGAUCUUUUCCUAUCAGUUUCAGCUUUCUUCUAGAAAAUAAUACAAAACCCUUAUAUUGGGUAACACGGAACAAACUCACAGCUCUUUGGCAUAGGACUGGAAUCACAAGUCAAGAUGCAGGGAGGUACUUUUGCAGAGCUGACAAUCAAGCACAAUCACCUGUAGAGAGCAAGAGGAUUGUUGUCAGUGUUGUUCUGGCUUCAUGGAAGAAAGGGCUCAUCGUAGCAUUUGCUAUACUGAUUUUUCUUGGGAUUGCCAUUGCAGCUGUCUUGUGGUACUGUUCUAAGAAAGCAAAGGCCAAAGGGAGUUCUUUGGAGCUGGCUAGUUCCAUGCCAGCAACCAACUCAGUGGGUGAGAAGCUCACAUCCGGACAGAAUUAUGAAAGGGAAUUCUGUUAUGGUUAUAAUGACGAUGAUGAAAAAAAUCACAUAAACUCAAAAGAUGAGAAUAAAGAAGCUGACCUUGAGAAUGCUGAAGUGGAAUAUACUGAAGUGGAUGUCUCCAUUCCUGAUCCUCACAGAGCUCCCGUGACAACGAAGAAUGAGACAGUUUAUACGGAAAUCAGAAAAGCUGUUAAUGAUGCUGGGGAAAACAGACAUUCUAGAAUAGAAAGUUCUCCGGAUGGGACUUAGAAAAUUCGACAAGCGUCAGUAGAAACAAGCAGGAAGAUGUUCCACAUGUUCCACACAUUCUGCAGCAUUUAGGUGCUUUCAGAAGUCAUGUUUUGCUUGAGCUGUUGUGGGUAGCCCCUGUGGGGUGAAUCUAAAACACAGCAUUAGUGCUGCCCAGCCAUUGCAACACAGUGAUGUACACUCCCAAUUUUUGUUCUAUAUUUUAUUUAGUGUCACGCUAAUCAAAGCAAAAUAUGUACAUAAAAAUGAAAGGUUUGCCACCUUUCUUGUUUUCAUCCUAGAAGCACUUACAGAGAAAAAAUAAGCCUGCCAAAGGAUUUACCACCUUUCUUGUUUUCUGUUCUAAUCCUUAAAGCAACCAAAGAGAAAAGAUAAGCCAAAAUAUGAAACAACAUCCGCUCACUCUCUUGUGUUCCUUGGAGACUGUAGGAUGCAUCCUGGCAAGUGAUUGGUGACAGAAAUGCUGGUGGUGGCAAUACAUAACAGUUCUUUAUUAUUCCCAGAUUUUACACACAACAUUUUUUUCCAUAGAGGAAAAAUCUAAUAUGUGAAGUGCCAUUAACAAUUAACAUUUGAUAUAACUUUUUUUGGCCUCCAUGGAAUGCUCUGAAGCUACUUCUCUGAGGCAGGCAGGAAAAAGUGUUUAUGUAUAUGCCCAUCUGUUAUCACACCCAUCUUUAUAAGGUGCACAAUAAAGAUAUCCUUCAAGAAGCUUGGUAAAUUUGCCUGCCUCUUUUCUGUUGACAUCUAAAUUGUAGUACUAUCAUACUCAACUCAAGUUCAAGUUAGUGCAAUGCUAGAAAUGUGGAGAUUGAAAUAAAUUUGUUUGGACAGAAUUCCUAUUUUGAAAGGCCAAUGUCCUCCUCUUCCAUCCAUCAUGACAGCUAUACCACACAUUCAAAUGCACCAGAGUUAAAACAGUUAAAUACGCAAAUAUUUUGAAAACUGUUGUUAUCUCUGUGGUUACGUAACACAUAUCAAACCAGAAGGAUAAAUGUCCAUUUGCCAAACUCUGUUUAUUCUGACACACCAAAACAGUGAGCUUUUUGGGUGUUCAAUAAUAAAAAAUCAAAAUGCUGCAUUGGAAUGUUAAAAACGUACCUUUGAACUAAAAAAGCAACACUAAAUCAUGGCAGGAACUUUGAAAUAUGUCUGAUGGCAAUUGUACAUAGGAUAAUUUUGAUCAUGUUUCCGUAUCCAGAUGUUAUUACACUGAAUCCGACGAAGUAUUUUAUUAAAGAAAUUAUCCAAAUGUCA